AAAAAGCCAUUAAGUUAGUUUGGAUUUUGUUAUCUAGAGCACACAGGUGAAAAAGCCUAUAAUGGAUGAUAAUUCGUCGCAAUCAGAAGAAUCUUGUGAGAUCGCCAUUCCUAACCUCACAUUUAUCAUAGAACUUAUACUUCCUUUGUACACUACGUCAAUUCAGAACAAUCAAAAAGACCAAGACCAUGCCCAGAAGUUUAACGAAAUGCUCCAUCGGACUGAACAACCAGUCAGGUUUCAUUGUGUUCAGGUAGGAAGUGUUCCAGAAUUCUAUGAAAUUCCUAAAUUGUUCAAACGGGAUAAAAAUCUUGAUAACCCUGUUCCUGUGUAUGUCCGCUACAGUGACAUCGAUAUCUUACAAGUCGUAGAUUGUUCUCCAUUGACUGAGCAUAAUGAAUCAAAUCACUCUCCCGUGUCCAAAGCAGACCAAAUAAACACCAAUGUUUAUAUAGAAACAAAUGACACUCAUCCUGGAUACUGCAGACUUCGUGUCUUAAAUCCCCAAAAUGAAUUUCCGCUGAACAGAAAAGGAAUUGAAUGUGCAUCUUUGCUGGAUGGAAAACAUUUCAUCAGUACAAAUUUAAGGGAUAUUGAUGAGUUAGCUAGAAAAAUAUAUAAAAGCUAUGAUGACAGAUAUAAUGUUGAACGCAAAGGCCCUGCUUUAGGAGUAGAAUUAAGAGAUAACAUGACGACUUUAGAAAAUCCCUUAUUAAAAGACGAAUGGGAUUUUACUUGGGCGAUCCCUUGUCUAUGGCCUCAAUGUGCACAAUCGUUAAUUGAACGAUUUGAAAAAAGUGAGUGGCUCCGUAAAGCAGAUAUUGAAAAAAUCCUAGAAAAUGGUUGUCACGUCGUUCCUGUUGCCCAUAAGAAAACGAAUGUCCCGAAAUCUGAUAUUGAAUGGCGUUUUUCCUUUGCCACGACAGAAGUUGAAUUGGCAAAUUCGAUUUUAAAUGACUACCAAAGACAUUCCUAUGUGUUUUUCAAACUUUUCAGAAGAGCACUGAUCCACAAAGAUAAGAAAUUUGAGGUUAUUUCUUCUUAUCACUGCAAAACAGUUUUUCUGUAUGCAUGCGAGAUAUUACCUGAAACAAGAUGGGAAAAUCCUGGCUGGUGUUUUCUUUACCUGUUGGAUAGGCUCUUGGAGCAUGUGAAAUGUAGGAAUCUCCCUACUUUUUUCAUUCCCGAAAAUAAUUUGUUUGACGUUUUGACAGAAGAGGACCUUUCAGAUGCAGAGCGAAUUUUGAAAGAAGCGAGGAAGAAUCCCAUACUUAUUUUACUUCCUUUUACGGACGAAUAUGUGCUCCAAGAUCUAAGUAGAAGGUCGGCAUUUCGAGAGGACAUCCAACCAUUGACCGAUAAUGACAAUUUGAAGAAUAUACAAACAACUCAAAAUAAUUAUAUGAUGGUCCUUGAAAAGGUUACUUGGAGUUGCCUCAUGAGCCUCAAAACGACAGAAGUUGCAAGGCUAUUAGUUGACAUGCAUAGACAUAUGAAAAUGUUCUUUGAAAAUCUUUCAGAUUUUAUUCUGAGCAUCAUAGAAAACCCAUUAUGCAUGUCUCCUCCAACACAAUACACAUUAUGCAUGUCUUCUCCAACACAAUACACAUUAGUUUUUCCAGUUACUAUGUUCAUGCAAUCAAUACUUGUUUACGCUCAGAAUAGUCAGGGCACGUCUGGUCUUCAAGAGUAUUUAGCAUUACUAUAUUCUUCAGCAUCGAUGUCAUAUCCCAUUGAUUCUGAGAAAUUCAAGGAAGUCAAAGGAAAAACGCUGACACUUUAUGAGAAGUUGGAAAGAGAUAAAAUGACUGUACAAGCACAUAUAAACUAUGCCAAUUUCCUGCUUAGGUGCAACAUGAAAAAAGAAGCAAAGGAUAUCUUAGAAGAUCUUUUUACAAUUACAAGGGGAAAGAAUUGCCAACACCAAAUGAACAACUACAAUGUUCUUACAUUUCAUGCGCUUCCACGACUUUUGAUGGCACAUUUGUCGAAAACAUUAUUCACAAAUGCAUUUAAACAAAUCCAAUUUCCAACUGUUUCACUGGCUUACUUUGUGCGCAUUUUAUGUGACAAUGAAGAUGACAUCACAUCUUGGAAUGAGUACCUGGUAAAAUUCCAGAAUUACUGCUCAGCAGACGAAUACCAAAGCUCACAAUAUCUUCUUGGUUUAUUGUGCGAAACCAAAGAAAGAUUUGAAGAAGCAGAAAAGGCUUUCAUUGAUUCUGGAAAUUUCUUGGUAGCAAAAGAUAAGGAAAUUAUUUGUCAUGUACAGGGUGUAAUACAAAGUGCUUCAUGCGAUUCUGCAGUCGAAUACAUCAUUAAGGUUUGGGAAGAAAAGUUUCAAAAUUUUCCAGUUAAAGACGUUUUGGUGUAUUUAACACUAAAAGUGAGAUGUCCGAAAAAAUCAGUAGAUAUGUUCCAGGAAAUAAGUAAAAGUUAUCCGGAUUUUACUCAGUCAAGAGUAAAUUUGGCAUUUAUGUAUCUAGCAUAUGCUUGCUCUUUGCCAUUUGAGAAUUCGGAAAGAAUAAUGGCGUUUGAAAAUUCAAAAACGGAGUUUAACAGGUUGUUGACUUUAGGAGAAAAACCUCCAUCAGGCAUGAUUGCAGGAGUUGCUCUUUUACAUUUUGUACAAAAAGAGUGGAAUAAAGGGAUAGAACUCCUGAAAAAGUACAUUGAACAUAUUGAUGUCGACUCUGAAAACGAGUUCUCGACAUCAUUGCUACAGGUACUAGACGAAUUCCUAAAGAACGAGAUAGAUAUCCAUGGAGUUUUUCGCUGCAAGUCAAAAGCCCUUUGCUAUUACAUUUUAGGGAAUAGUAUGUUUUGUUUGAUGAAAGGAAAAGAGCGUAAUUUUAAAAAUGACCCAGAAAAGGACCUAGAAAGAAAUCUUGGAAAAGGCAAUCCCUCUUCUUCCGGACAAGACAAAGUAGAGAAAAAUCGAGAUCCAGAAGCAGAAGACAUAGAGAAGAUAAAAAUGGAUUCAAAGGAACGAAACGCAGAAAGAGAAGUUGAUACUAUAUUGAAAGAUUUCGAAAACUACUGCCUCGAGGACUUUAGUGCGACAUCAUUUAGUCUACUCGGAUAUCUUUACAUGAUGAAAGAAAACUGGAAUUCAGCAGUAUAUUGGCUGUGUCAUGCAGUUUGUGCUGAAUACUUCGGAAAAAACUUUUACAAAUUCAAGACAAAAUGCAAAACAACUGAAGAACUUCAAAAAUAUAUAAAAUCUCCACAACAUAAACCAGACUGGCCUCAAAAUUACACAGCUGCUAAACAAAACAUAACGGUCUGCCUAGAAAGAACAAGUAAUCCAGUGCCUCUCCGUAAAAUCAUAGAAGAAUGUUUCAUACCCGUUGAACUGAUUCCAGAAGUAUUUGGAGAUUUCACUCUAGAAUCAGAUAAAGUGGGGAUGAUAUACUUGAACAAUACAGACUAG